CAAGAAUGAACAUUAACUCCAAAGAGACAAACAACUUGCCCAUCUAAAAAUAAACUUGCCAUUUCCAAUGGGAUUUGAAACUUGAUGAUUUGGGUUUUGGGCAUUCCCUUUAAAGAACAAUAAUCAAAGCUGUUCUGAUUCGCCCGUCGGCGCCGUCAAAUCAUUCCAUUAUCCGUCGGCUCCGUCGGUUUUGUCACCAGAAAACCUAAAAGGCGGUGUCUUUGAUUAUGGAGAUUUUUAGGAAAGCCUUGUUGCAUUCGGGGCCGCCUGAAAAUUUUGCUCUUCAAACUGUUCAGGAAGCCAUUAAACCUCAGAGGCAAACAAAAUUAGUUCUGGAUGAGAAUCAGUUGUUAGAAAACAUUUUGCGGACAUUGCUGCAAGAGUUGGUGUCUUGUGCAGUACAGUCAGGGGAGCCAAUCAUGCAUUAUGGCCAAUCCAUUGUUGAAGAAGAUGAUGCAAUUGGUCAAAUCCCUCGUCUUUUAGAUAUUGUAUUGUAUCUCUGCGAGAAGGAGCAUGUGGAGGGUGGCAUGAUAUUUCAGUUGCUGGAAGAUUUGACAGAAAUGUCAACAAUGAAGAAUUGCAAAGAUAUCUUUGCUUACAUUGAAAGCAAGCAAGACAUACUUGGAAAGCAAGAACUAUUUGCCCGUGGUAAACUUGUGAUGCUUAGGACUUGUAAUCAACUGCUUCGUCGCUUGUCAAAGGCCAAUGAUGUGGUGUUUUGUGGACGAAUCCUUAUGUUUCUGGCACAUUUUUUCCCGUUGUCUGAGCGUUCAGCUGUGAAUAUCAAGGGAGUUUUUAAUACAUCCAAUGAAACCAAUUAUGAGAAAGAAGCUCCUGAUGGUAUAUCUAUUGACUUCAACUUUUACAAGACGUUUUGGAGUUUACAGGAGUACUUUUGCAAUCCUCCAUCCUUGACUCUUAAUCCUACCAAAUGGCACAGGUUUACAUCAAGCUUGACGGUUGUACUAAAUACCUUUGAGGCUCAACCCUUGAGUGAUGAAGAGGGAAAUGCCAAUAAUCUUGAAGAAGAGGGAGCAGCGUUCAAUAUCAAAUAUCUUACAAGUAGUAAACUGAUGGGUUUGGAGCUAAAAGAUCCUAGUUUCCGACGUCAUGUUCUUGUGCAAUGCUUAAUAGUGUUCGACUAUGUGAAGGCACCUGGAAAGACCGACAAAGAUUUACCAUCAGAAGCAAUGAAAGAAGAAAUAAAAGCCUCAGAGGAUCGUGUAAAGAAGCUUCUUGAAGUGACACCCCCUAAAGGGAAAGAGUUCCUCAGCAAUAUCGAGCAUAUUUUAGAACGUGAAAAAAAUUGGGUAUGGUGGAAGCGUGAUGGUUGCCCACCAUUUGAAAAACAACCAAUUGAGAAGAAGGCAGAUGGCUUAAAAAAACGUCGGCCAAGAUGGAGACUAGGGAACAAGGAACUUUCUCAGCUGUGGAAAUGGGCUGAUCAGAAUCCGAAUGCUCUCACUGAUCCUGAACGAGUUCAAACUCCUGCCGUUACAGAUUAUUGGAAGGCAAUGGCUGAUGAUAUGGAUCCUUCAGCUGGUAUAGAAGCCGAGUAUCAUCACAAAAAUAACAAGGUAUAUUGCUGGAAAGGUCUUCGAUUUUCUGCACGGCAAGACUUGGAAGGCUUUUCUAGGUUCACUGAAUUUGGCAUUGAAGGGGUUGUACCCCUGGAACUUUUGCCUGCUGAAGUUAGGUACAAAUAUCAAACAAAGCCAACUGACAAGUCCAAACGUGCUAAGAAGGAUGAUAUUAAGGGUUCUUUACCUCCAUCUGAAGACAAUCAGAGUACGUCGAUGAGUGAGGUGGAUGGAGAAAGCGGAAGAAAUGAUCUUGAAGCCCCAUCAGCUGCAAUGGACAUGGAUUCGACUGGAAAUAAUUCUCAAGGUGGCACUCCAACACUAGACGAGAUUUCAAAACAAAGUUCUGAAUCCCCAGAUGCACCAGAAGCUGGACAAAUUGAAACGGAUCUAGAUGCUGAGCCAGGGAUGAUAGAUGGGGAGACAGACGCUGAUGUUGAUCUAGAGACUGUAGCUUGAAUAAUUUGCUUUGCCAUAGCUUAAUCCUGCAGAAUGUCGUCAACAAGGACUUCCUGGUUGCUGGGAGAUUGCUUAACCCGAGCUACAUCAACUUCUCACAUCCAUAGUCAGUACUAGAGCUAUAGCGACUCGUCUCUUCCAAUGUUCCGGGAAGUUAUAAUUUAGCUUAGCCAUGUCACAAACUCUCACAAUCACAUGUUUUUAACAUAAUAGGUUAUGGGAUUUUGAAUGUUAUUGUAAUUUGUAUGUUUCUUACCCUGGGCUAAUCUUUGAUUAUAGAAUGGGGACUCGGUCACACAUUAAAUUCGCACGUUGUAUAUACUUUUAGAUCUAAUGCUAUGUCUGGAUAGAAGGAAA